AUGCGUUACAGCAUCGUCCUCACGGCCGUCCUGGCCUCGCUUGGUCUGGCUUCCGAUGUCCACGAGCUCAAGGACGACACCCUCCAGGGCUUCGUUGAGGAGCACGACCUUUCUUUGAUUGAGUUCUUCGCACCCUGGUGCGGCCACUGCAAGGCGCUCGCCCCCGAGUACGAGUCGGCGGCGACGACUUUGAAGGAGAAGAACAUUCCGCUUGCCAAGGUCGACUGCACAGAGGAGCAGGAGCUGUGCAAAAAGUACGGCGUCGAGGGCUACCCCACCCUCAAGGUCUUCCGCGGCGAUGACAACAUCACACCCUAUACCGGCCAGCGCAAGGCCGACGCCAUAGUCUCGUACAUGACCAAGCAGUCUCUGCCUGCCGUGUCCGAUGUCACCAAGGAUUCCAUUGACGAGUUCAAGACCGCCGAUAAGGUCGUCCUCGUCGCCUACUUCGCUGCCGACGACAAGGCCUCCAACGAGACCUUCACCUCCGUUGCCAACGGUCUCCGCGACAACUACCUCUUCGGUGCCACCAAUGACGCCGAGCUCGCCAAGGCUGAGGGCGUCAAGCAGCCAGCCCUUGUGCUCUACAAGUCUUUCGACGAGGGUAAGGACACCCACACUGAGGCUUUCGAGAAGGAGGCUAUCGAGUCUUUCAUCAAGGUUGCAUCGACCCCUCUGGUUGGCGAGGUCGGUCCCGAGACCUACAGUGGCUACAUGGCCGCCGGCAUUCCUCUCGCAUACAUCUUUGCCGAGGAGCAGGAUGAGCGCGACACUCUAGCCAAGGAGCUGAAGCCCCUUGCUGAGAAGUACAAGGGUAAGAUUAACUUCGCCACCAUCGACGCUAAGUCUUUCGGCCAACACGCUGGUAACUUGAACCUCGAGGUCGGCAAGUGGCCCGCCUUCGCUAUUCAGAAGACGGACAAGAACCAGAAGUACCCUUACGGGCAGGACAAGAAGAUUACCGAGAAGGACAUUGGCUCUUUCGUCGAGGACUUCGUCAACGACAAGAUCCAGCCUUCCGUCAAGUCUGAGCCUAUCCCUGAGUCUAACGAUGGCCCUGUCACCGUUGUUGUUGCCCACGAGUACGAGAAGCUUGUCAUCGACAACGACAAGGACGUCCUCCUUGAGUUCUACGCUCCUUGGUGCGGUCACUGCAAGGCUCUUGCUCCCAAGUACGAGGAGCUCGGUGCUCUCUAUGCUUCUCCUGAGUUUUCCAAGCUCGUCACCGUCGCUAAGGUCGACGCCACCGCCAACGACGUCCCCGAUGAGAUCCAGGGUUUCCCCACCAUCAAGCUGUUCCCCGCUGGCAAGAAGGACUCCCCCAUCGACUACUCUGGCGGCCGUACUGUUGAGGACCUCGUUGCAUUCAUCGAGGAGAACGGCACCCACAAGGUCAAGGCCGCCAUCGAGGCCGUGAAGGAAGCUGCUGAGGACGUCGCUGAAGAGAUUCCCGAGCAGGCCGCCGCCGCUUCCGAGAAGGCCAAGGAUGCUGCUGAGUCAGCCACAGACAAGGCUAAGGAUGCCGCCGAGACUGUUGCCGAUAAGGCGGAGGAUGUGACCGAGAGCGUCAAGAGCGCCGCCUCGGAAGCGACCGAGAGCGCCAAGUCUGCGGCGUCUGAGGUUCACGACGAGUUGUAA